GCCAACCCGGCCCCGCUGCAGGCAGCCGUGUGGAGCGGCGCACUGGGUUCUAGCUGCCCGCUCGUUCGCUCCCCUGCUUGGGAUGGCCGGCUACCUGCGGGUCGUACGCUCGCUUUGUAGAGCCUCGGGCUCCGGGCCGGCCUGGGUGCCGACGGCCCUGAACACCUCCAGCCUGCAAGAGCAGCCACGGCGCCACUAUGCAGACAAGAGGAUCAAGGUUGCGAAGCCGGUGGUGGAGAUGGAUGGUGAUGAGAUGACUCGCAUCAUCUGGCAGUUCAUUAAAGAGAAGCUUAUCCUGCCUCAUGUGGACGUCCAGCUCAAGUAUUUUGACCUCGGGCUUCCAAAUCGUGACCAGACUGAUGACCAGGUCACCAUUGACUCCGCGUUGGCCACCCAGAAAUAUAGUGUGGCUGUCAAGUGUGCCACCAUCACCCCUGAUGAGGCCCGUGUGGAAGAGUUCAAGCUGAAAAAGAUGUGGAAGAGUCCCAAUGGAACCAUCCGGAAUAUCCUUGGUGGGACUGUCUUCCGAGAGCCCAUCAUUUGCAAAAAUAUCCCCCGUCUUGUCCCUGGCUGGACCAAGCCCAUCACCAUUGGCAGGCAUGCUCAUGGUGACCAGUACAAAGCCACAGACUUUGUGGUAGACCGAGCUGGCACAUUCAAGAUGGUCUUCACUCCAAAGGAUGGCAGUGGAGCCAAGGAGUGGGAGGUGUACAACUUCCCUGCGGGCGGCGUAGGCAUGGGCAUGUACAAUACCGAUGAGUCCAUCUCGGGUUUUGCGCACAGCUGCUUUCAGUAUGCAAUCCAGAAGAAAUGGCCGUUGUACAUGAGCACCAAGAACACCAUCCUGAAGGCCUAUGAUGGGCGUUUCAAGGACAUCUUCCAGGAGAUCUUUGACAAGCACUAUAAGACUGAUUUUGACAAGAAUAAGAUCUGGUAUGAGCACCGGCUCAUCGACGACAUGGUGGCCCAGGUCCUCAAGUCUUCAGGUGGCUUUGUGUGGGCCUGCAAGAACUAUGAUGGGGACGUGCAGUCGGACAUCCUGGCCCAGGGCUUCGGCUCCCUCGGCCUGAUGACGUCCGUGCUUGUUUGCCCCGAUGGGAAGACCAUUGAGGCUGAAGCUGCUCAUGGGACAGUCACCCGUCAUUAUCGGGAGCACCAGAAAGGCCGGCCGACCAGUACCAACCCUAUCGCCAGCAUCUUUGCCUGGACGCGGGGCCUGGAACACCGGGGAAAGUUGGAUGGGACCCAGGAUCUCAUCAGGUUUGCACAGACUCUGGAGAAGGUGUGCGUGGAGACCGUGGAGAGUGGCGCCAUGACCAAGGACCUGGCCGGCUGCAUCCAUGGCCUUAGCAAUGUGAAGCUGAAUGAACACUUCCUAAACACCACAGACUUCCUGGACACCAUCAAGACCAACUUGGACAGAGCUCUGGGCAAGCAGUAGGGGAGGCGCUGCCUGGGGGUGGCGGCGGACAGGCCGGAGCAGAGCCGGCAGCUGGUCCUCCCGACACGAGGUAGAGGGUGAGCUUCACAGCCCCUCUCUGGAGGCCUUUCUAGGGGACAUAUUUUUAUAAGCAAGAUGUUUUUAAAAGUAUGUUUUUAAAAGUAUGUUUCCCCUCACGGUGACGUGAGGCAGGAACAGUGUGCUUUACCUCAGCCAGUCAGUAUGUUUGGCAUACUGUAAUUUAUAUUGCCCUUGGUGCACAUGGUGCCAUAUUUAGCAACUAAAAAGCUCUUCACAAAA